CACUCUCCACUCUCCACUCUAUCAACACAACAACAAACACAAACACAAACAACAACACGCUCUGAAUAUUUUUCUGCGACCGAGAUCAUCACCUUAUCUAUCCGAUCCUCCAUUCGCAGAUCAGACCUCAACUCACAGCCAUGUAUCCCCUACUUCCUUGGAGUCAAAACCAGUCGAGUGUGCGCUCCUCCUUGAGUGAGGCCACGACCAGCACCCAGACGGUUUCCUUUAGCUUCAGCUAUGGCAGCUCCUGCUCGCCUAGUUCGUUGCCGCCUCCACCGCCUCCGUCUCCCAGCGACUCUCUGCUCGACAUCACUCCCCGCAAGUGCUCAUUUUCCAGCAGCUAUGGACUGAACAACUCGUGUGCCUUCCCCUCCUGGCCAAACCGACCAUCGCUACUCAGUGCCGAUUCCGAGGGUUCGACCGCCAGUGCCUACCUGUCAGAUGAGGAUCUCUUCCCCAGUGGUUCCGAUGUGCCUUCCGACAGCGCCAUCGAUGAGGAGUCCGCUGCACAGGAUCCCGCCAUGGAUCUGACAACCGAGCAGCAGAUUCAGAUGCUCCGCGCUGCAGCCGAUGAGGAUGCCCAGCGCGCGCGUUUCCUGGCCCAAGUACAAGCACAUGCCAGAGCCCAGCAGGCGAUGCGUGUAGCCCAAAUGGCAGCCACCGAGCGCGAGAACGCCAAACGCAACAAGAAACGCAAGGCCCUUCCCGAGCGGAAAAGACGCACUACCUCUGGGACCAAGGCAACUAUUUGCCGGGUCUAGAGACCGGAAGAGGGUGCCCGCCGGGUCCUUCUCUGUAACAUCAAUCUCAUAUCUCAGCGUUCUUGUGCAUGUUUCACUCUCGAUACCCCCUCCCACGGUCUGUUUUGGCGGAGAUUAGGGCUGUCGCAUGAUCAGCGCCGAUCUAUCCGCAGUUAUUGGGCUCUAUCAUAUGCGAUCAGCGAUUCGCAUCCGGGUCUUUUUCUUUUUUUGCUUCGACACCCACUCUCUUAAUUACUUUUUUCUUCAACUUGCUUUUUCUUCGCCUGCUCCUCUGGAUCUGAAUUU